AUGAAUAAUAGUUUUAUAUUUUUUUUAUUAUUAUUAUUGAUAGUUGAUGUCAAAACACAGAAUUGUGCUUUUUAUAAUGUAGAUACACAGAAACUAUAUAAUUUCAAUGCUUUAACAGGUCAAUAUUUUGGAUCAUAUCAAGGAUAUAAUUAUUACUUUAAUAUUUGUGGUACUUCUACUCAGUGCGCUAACAGUGGUUUAACGGAUUCAGCGGUGUGCUUAACUUCAUCGUCAGGCAAUUCCGGCUAUAUUAGUGCUGGUCGAGUCGACCAUUUAAAGGUUCUACCAUUAGAUGGAUUCCAAGGUGGAAAGAUUGAAUAUUCAGAUGGAUUAUGGUGUUAUGAUGUACCGUCAAUCAAUAGAACUACGACGAUAGAGAUGUACUGUGCAUUUGGUCAAGAUACAAUAAUCGAUCGUGUCUAUGCAAAGUCUACUUGCAACUAUGUAAUAUCAAUCUCAAAUACUUUAAUGAAAACAUUAAAAGUUGUCUUUGUUAUAUAUAUUAUUACAACAUAUAUAUCUAUUAUAAAUGGUAAUAGUUGCGCUUUUUACGAUACCUCUACAGGAAAACUAUAUAAUUUCAAUGCAUUGAGUGGUCAAUAUUUUAAAACUGUCCAGGGUUAUGAUUAUUUCUUUAAUAUUUGUGGGUAUGCAACGCAUUGUGUCAAUAACGGCAAUCCGGGUGCUGCCUGCUGCCAAAAUCCAUCGCCACCCAGACCCAAUUCAUACACUAGUUGUGGUCAACUAAAUCAAAUUUCUUUUCUUCCACUUGAUGAUGGUGGCGAAGGUGGUGUGAUUAAGUAUUCAGGUGGACUGUGGUGCUACGCUGUGCCCAAUAUCAAUAGAUCGUUGACUAUCCAGUUGAAUUGUAAACGAGAUCAAGAGACAACGAUUACUAGACUCUACCAGAAGUCGACUUGUGUUUAUGUCGUUGAGAUCACCAGUAAAUAUGCUUGUCCAGUCGACAUUAGAUAUGGUUUCUAG